AUGGCAGCCGAGCCCCAUCACCCACACCCUAGCUGCCCGAAUACCCUUUCAUGCCUACCUGACACUGACGGGCGACCACAACAUACCCUUCCAGUGAUUCUCCGAUGUGCAAUUUUGGGCAGUGCAAAGGGACGCCUUACGAUCCGCGACAUCUACAAGGCGAUGGAGGAGAAGUAUCCGUAUUAUAAAACCGCAGGACAAACGUGGAAGCAAUCCGUGAGACACCAUUUGUCGCUCAAUAGGUUGUUUGAAAGGCAGCCUCGCCCUGUUACAGACCCGGGCUUCGGGUCGUACUGGACGGUGAACCUC